GAGAAUACGUUGAUAAACCUAAAACCCUAAUUUUGCAAUUUGCAGUGUGUUCUCUGUAGUUUAUGGGUCGGCGAAAAAACAAGAAUCAGAACAACGAAGAAGACAGAAACAUGGCCAUGAACAACAACAACAAUAACCAAAACCACCUUCGAUUUCAAGAUGCUGAUGAAGUCAUCGAAGAUGCUGCUGAGACAUCUAACCUCGACCAAUCCAUGUGUGGCUGUGACCUUGAUGAUUCUGAUGGCAAAACUAGCGCUGAUUAUUACUUCGAUUCUUACUCUCAUUUUGGAAUUCAUGAAGAAAUGUUGAAGGAUUCUGUAAGAACCAAGACAUAUCAAAAUGUUAUUUAUCAGAAUAGGUUUUUAUUCAAGAAUAAAGUAGUUCUUGAUGUCGGUGCUGGGACUGGGAUUUUAUCACUAUUCUGUGCCAAAGCAGGGGCAGAACAUGUCUAUGCUGUCGAGUGCUCUGAUAUGGCGGACAUGGCUAAGGAGAUAGUUGAAACUAAUGGUUACUCUAAAGUUAUAACAGUUUUGAAAGGGAAGAUUGAAGAACUUGAACUUCCAGUUCCUAAAGUUGAUAUAAUCAUUUCGGAAUGGAUGGGAUAUUUCUUGUUGUUUGAGAAUAUGUUAAAUUCUGUGCUCUAUGCACGUGACAAGUGGCUUGUGGAUGGUGGAAUUGUGCUACCGGAUAUAGCAUCUCUCUAUCUUACUGCAAUUGAAGAUAAAGACUACAAAGAGGAUAAAAUAGAGUUUUGGAACAAUGUAUAUGGGUUUAACAUGAGCUGCAUCAAGAAGCAAGCCUUAAUGGAGCCUCUUGUUGACACAGUUGACCAGAAUCAGAUUGCAACAAACUGUCAGCUACUAAAGACAAUGGACAUCUCAAAAAUGUCUUCAGGAGAUUGUUCAUUCACAGCACCUUUUAAGCUUGUAGCUGCUCGUGACGAUUUUAUUCAUGCUCUUGUGGCAUAUUUUGAUGUAUCAUUUACAAAGUGUCAUAAAUUGAUGGGCUUCUCAACAGGGCCAAGAUCACGGGCUACACACUGGAAACAAACAGUCCUAUAUUUGGAAGAUGUUUUGACCAUUUGUGAGGGCGAGACAAUUGUAGGGAGCAUGACUGUGGCUCCAAAUAAAAAGAAUCCUCGGGAUGUCGAUAUAAUGCUCAAGUAUUCAUUGAAUGGCAGGCGAUGCAAUGCUUCAAGGGUUCAGUAUUACAAGAUGCGUUGAGUCUAGUUUUAUUGAGUCUCGCUUUCCCUAUGCACUCCAAUUUUGUGAGAUUUUGAAAACAAUUAGAAGCUCCCAAUUGAGGAUUGUAUCUUUGAUUGUUUUUUCAUUUGAAUUUUUUCUCAUAUCUUUUCUCAAUUCUGUUUCGGUCCCUUCUGGAUGUAAUGAUGAAAUUUGAAAAUCUAUUUAUUGUUUGUCCAGAAGACGAUAUCAACAACUAUAUUGCCUUUAAGUAUGCCAGUUUGCUAGUGUCGAUA